GUUCAACAGGUAGAAUCAUGUUCCCUACAGCACUACCUCCUUCUCUUCCUUCUCCGAGUCAGGCUGUGAGAGAAACAACCCCUGUCAUUGCAGGUUCCAUCCACUUCAAACAUGUUUCGUGUGUGGAUCACACUCUGUCUCCUCUUGCCAGGGGUAAGCAGCUUCAUGAUCUACAACACCCUCCACAGCAUGUGCUUGGAGGACUUCCCCAAGACGGGCCUGGUUCAGCUGAAGAAAUGCAACCUGGACUCGGAGCUCCAGCAGUGGAUCUGGAGGGACCAGAGUCUCCUGGAGAGUGUGGGGACCUCCAGGUGCCUGUCGGCCCAACACGCUGAACCUGUCCAGACUGUACCCUGUGAGGGGGUAGAGGACGGGGGACACAGGGGUGAUGGGGUGCUGCGGUGGGGGUGUGAGUUGAACAGGCUGAUCAGUCAGAACAGUUCUCUGGAGCUCUCCACGGACGGGAAACGACUGACGCUGUCCCACAGGAGCAAGCAGACCAAGUGGAGGUCUCUGGAUGAAGGGGAUAUAUGCCAGGAGAGGCUCAGAUCCAAAAGGGCAUCGAGCGAUCCCGAUGAGUUUGAGGUGAGACCAGCGGAAGAGCAGAAAGCAGGGCCUCCUGGUAUGACCGAUGAACAGAAAGAGUUCCUCAGAUGGUUCUAUCGCACUGAGGACCCAACUCCCUGGAAGUUUGCAAUGCUGGCUCUGUCCUUCGCUGCCCUUCUGCUGGGCUGUCUGCUUCUGGGAAUGGGCUCCAUGGCGAACAAAAAUAGGAAUAAGAUAGCCAAGUACAAGGCUGCAGCUCUGGCCAUGAAGCCGGAGGCAGAAGAACUACAGGUCAUCGUCACGGAGGUUAGAGGUCAAAGAGCUAACUCAGAGGACAAACCCGUCAACAGCGCCUCUGUCCAGGUCAGUAUGAGCCAAUCAGAGAGCCCGGUGAGCCAGGCCAAGCCCCUCCAGGACAACGGGGAGGUAGAGGGCUUCAAACCGGGGGGACAUUGUGGUGACCUGGAAUGACGGGAACGUGUCCAGCCUAUACCCCGAGCCUGAG